AUAAAAUUAGUAUUUUUUAUAUUUAUAUUUUUUAUAUUUAUUGUGUAUUAUAAUGUUCAUUUUUUAAAUUUUUUAAUUUUUUCAGAAUUUAUAGUAAUUACUAUUUUAUUUUUUUUAAUUGAAAUUGAAAUUAAUUCUUGAUUAUUCUUGGUUUUUUUAGUAUUUUCAGUUUGUGAAUUAGUAUUAGGAUUAUCAUUAAUAGUAAGAAUUAAUUAUGAAUUAGGUCAUCAAAAAUUAAAUAUAUUAAAUUUGAUUUAUUAA